UUCUCUUCUUCCUAUCGCUACUAUAUAAAUCUCUUCAUCAAAUUCAUUUUUAGGGUUUCCUGUUUCAAUUUGUCCACUCGCACUCUCCUUUCCAACAAACCUUUUCUGAAACAGGAGGUUAAAGAGACGGCAACCAUUUGCUGUCCGCCUUGACGUCACAUUUCCGUCUUGGCCCUUAAUUUUGCUUUGUCAAAAACCCUAAAAAACAAACUCAUUCAUCAUCAUCUUCGAUGGCGCCAAAACCAACCAAAGCUGAGAAGAAGAUCGCUUACGAUUCCAAAUUAUGCCAACUUCUAGAAGAGUAUUCUCAGAUUCUUGUUGUUCAUGCUGAUAAUGUUGGUUCUAACCAGCUUCAGAGUAUUCGUAGCGGUUUACGUGGUGAUUCGGUUGUUCUUAUGGGUAAGAACACCAUGAUGAAGAGAUCUAUUAGAAUGCACGCUGAGAAAACUGGAAACAAUGUUUAUCUCAACCUUAUCCCUCUUCUUGUUGGGAAUGUUGGUUUGAUUUUCACCAAAGGUGACUUGAAGGAGGUUAGCGAAGAGGUUGCCAAGUACAAGGUUGGAGCUCCUGCUCGUGUUGGUUUGGUUGCUCCAAUUGAUGUUGUUGUUCCUCCUGGCAACACUGGUCUCGACCCCUCCCAGACUUCUUUCUUCCAGGUGCUCAACAUUCCUACUAAGAUUAACAAGGGUACUGUUGAAAUCAUUACCCCUGUUGAACUCAUCAAGAAGGGAGACAAGGUUGGUUCAUCAGAAGCUGCAUUGCUUGCCAAGCUAGGCAUAAGGCCCUUUUCAUAUGGUCUUGUGGUUCUUUCCGUUUAUGAUAAUGGUUCAGUAUUUACCCCCGAGGUUCUUGAUCUCACUGAGGAUGCUCUCAUUGAGAAGUUUGCUAUUGGUGUCUCAAUGGUGACUUCACUUUCGUUGGCCAUCUCAUACCCAACACUUGCUGCUGCUCCUCACAUGUUUGUGAAUGCCUACAAGAAUGUUCUUGCUGUCGCUGUUGCAACAGAAUAUUCUUUCCCUGAGGCCGACAAGGUCAAGGAGUUCCUAAAGGACCCAAGCAAGUUUGCUGUAGCUGCAGUUGCUGCCCCAGCUGCUGAUUCUGGUGCUGCCCCUGCUGCUGCUGCCAAGGAGGAGGAGAAGAAGGAUGAGCCCGCUGAAGAAUCUGAUGAUGACAUGGGUUUCAGUUUGUUUGAUUAAAUAUGUUGAAUUUAUUAAAAUUGUUCUACUAAUUUUGUUGUGUUAGAUUUGAUGAACUAUUUCCUUAUUUCAGUAAUUUUAGAUUGUUUCUUUUCCUUUUUUGUAUUUUACAUUUCGACUCCUUUUGGGUAAUGUUAAAUUUUUAUUUUUAUGUGUCAUGUUUGCUUAGCUUUUGAUUUUGCAUCGCAGUUACCAUGAACCUGUUCUACCUUGGCAUUUAAUUCAACUAUUAAUCAAAUUAAAAUUUGUUGUC